CACAGAGGUCAGCGUUACAGAUUGGAGAGACAGGUAUCCACGACAAUUACAUAUAGAUAAUAUGCAAAAACACAUUAUAGCCAUAUAUCUCCUUGUAACUUUACUGGUUAUCAACGAGGUAACUGGACACGAUGCUAUGCUGAGACCACCCUCAAAACCAGAUUACUUCCAAAAUCCAAAACAACUUAGACGAUAUUUAAAAGAAUUAAAUGAUUUUUACGCAAUUGUAGGGCGACCAAGAUUUGGUAAACGUGGAUAUGAAACAGAUUAUUUCUCAUCAGGUGGAGCUGACAAGGAAUAGGAUACGGAAGAAUGUCCGAAGAUGAUGGAUACCAAUAUUGAGGACCGCUAUUUCUGAAGCUGGUUCCAAGUAAAUUGUGAUUGGUGACUCAGAACUAGAAUUGGUUUAUUAAUAAAAUAUUUUUUACAAUCUAA